GUGAUUAAUUCUUGGGCAAGACUAAGAAGGUAAGAAAGAUAUUAUAUCAGACUACAGUAUUUCUUUACAGCAAUUUUAGUCUUCAUGCAUAAAUAUAUUGAUUUUACAUGUAUUUUUUUUUUUCCAUAUUUAAUCACUCAUUAUCAUUAAUUUCUGUCAGUUUGAAAAAGAAAGAAAGAAAAGAUGGGAUCCCGCACAUUGGUUCUGAUCAUGAUCUUAAGUGCCCUCUGUGUUGCACAGGCACUGAGGUGCAACUACUGCAGGAAGAUCAACAAAGAAGAACCCAACUGUAAUGAGAUUGAGGAGAGAGAAUGCAGCAGUGGUCUCGAUACCUGCAUUAGGAUCAGAAUGCAUGCUCCAGCCUACGGUGAGGUGCGCAGAUGUGCCAAAGCUAAGGAGUGUGAUUAUGUUGUGCCUCCUCAGGUGGAGAGAUACUGCUGCAGCACAGACCUCUGCAACUGAUCUGCUAUUAUCAGCCAUAUAUAUAUAUAUAUUGCCAUAUGGUCUGUGAUUAUCUUAUGCUACUUAAAAUGCUCAAAACAUACAGCUAACAUAAUUAUUAAUGUUCCAACAAUUAAUAUAUGUGUACAUUUCAGUAGAGAUAUUAUAAAGAAAUAAAUUCUGGCCAGCAAAAUAAAA